UCUUUACCCAAAGACGCGAAAUUUCCUUUCGGAUAAGUUGUUUGUUGAUGGAAGCUGUUCCCAGUAAAAGGUAGCUCUCGCUGUUGCCUGAGCAAGGCAAAUGUCCAAGUUUCAAGAGCUUAAAAGGGAGCUUAGUAUCCUUGAGAAAACCUUUGGCUCGCGGCAUGAACAUUUCCGCGUUGAAGCCAACGGUUUGGAUGAAGUGACAUACCGAUUCCUCACUCCAAAUGGCGAACAUGUAGUCCACUGCAAUAUCUAUGAAUCUUAUCCUAACCCGCCUCCGAUGUGGUUCGCCGAGAGCGAAGAUGCGAAAAUCACUCAAAUAGUCGAGUUCUUGAGUAGUAUUGAGCCUUCUGCGCCCAAUUUGCUUCUUCGCUCGACAAAGCACUUGGUCAAGGAGUUAUACACAUGGCAAAAUCUCCCUAUACCAUCACACGUAGACAACCUAGAUCUUGUGCAGCUUAUACACGAAGAUGUUGAGAUGAAAGACUCCACUACAUCACAAGAAGAUGAGGAAAGUGAGGAUGAAGGCUUAGAAGAGGGUCAAAAUGACAGUGAGGAUUCUGAUAACUAUGAAAUGGAAGAAGAUACAGGACAGGAUUCUAACAGGGAUCUGCAGGAGAUUGGUGCAGCAAACUAUGCAGUGUUAGAGAGGAUACGAGUAAACAGAAGGGAAGACCACCUUAAGGGAACAGUGUGUGGAUCAAUCCAAGCAACCGAUAGGUUAAUGAAGGAACUGAGGGAUGUGUAUAGGUCUGACAGUUUCAAGAGAGGGACAUACUCUGUAGGCCUCAACAAUGAUAAUUUAUAUGACUGGACAAUAAAAAUUAUCAGAGUUGACCCAGAUAGUACAUUACACAAAGAUCUUAUGCAGCUAAGAGGCCAGGAGGGCAUAGAUCAUGUGUCAUUAAACAUGACAUUCACAGACAAGUUUCCAUUUGAUCCUCCAUUUGUCAGAGUUGUAUAUCCAGUUUUAACGGCAGGUUAUGUACUUAGUGGAGGAGCUCUUUGUAUGGAACUACUUACUCCACAGGGUUGGAGUAGUGCUUACACAAUUGAGGCUGUAAUCAUGCAGAUAGCUGCUACACUGGUGAAAGGAAAAGCAAGGAUAAACUUCCAAGAGAACAAAAAGCCAGGAGUCUACAGUCUUGUACGAGCUCAACAGUCUUUUAGGUCUUUGGUACAGAUCCAUGAAAAAAAUGGAUGGUAUACUCCACCCAAACAUGAAGGCUGACUUGUACUUUAAAAUAUUAGCGAUGGCUUCUUAAGACUGCACAGACUGUCCUUACACAAAAUAUUUUUAUGAUAGUUCACAAGGUGUUGUAUUUAGGGUUUAGCUAUAAAAUAGAGAUAAUGCCCCUCCCUUGUUUUCCCCCUGUACUUUCGCAUGCAGUUUAAACGUAUGUGCGCUUUUUUUAAUUUCUGAUGUAUCAGUCAAUUCUCCAAACUGAUGUAGUAUGUUUUUUUUUAUGUGAGUUAGGAGAACAUAGUGAAUGAUCAAGGUGAAUGUUAUAUUAAGGGCUAUGUACAAGAAUCGGUCAAAUUUAAUUCUGGGCAUACUGAUUGAAGCGUUCGUAAUGGGACAGACACAUUUGCCGCGUACAUUGCAGAGGUGUCCGUAAAUAAUUUUUUGUCAGGGCUUAGCAAACUGUUUGUAACGCAAUGACUGGGUUGACAGUAGAAAGAACAGUUGUCAGGUAGAGUAUUAUUAGAGAUGAAUUUUCCAUUUCAAUGAGUACUUCUACUUCUUACCCAGAGUGGUCAGCUUUCCAUUGUGUUUAUUAGCUAUUAACAUGUAGAUAAACCGAAAGGUAAAUGGUCUUGCAUGUGCCUUGAAGCUCAGUGUUGACAUUGGUGCCUCCUACGCAGACGUUCUUUUGGCUCGUCACACAAUCUUCUCCGUGGGGGAGGAAGAUUGCGUGACAAGCAAAGCGCCUGCGUAGGAGGCUAUUGGUACCUAGGCUCUCGUUACGGGGACUCGAGUUGUUUUGAACAAGUGGUGAGGUUCAUUUGCUGUAUGACACGAGUAUUUAUCAAGCAAAUAGCAGAUUGAAAACUGUGUUUUUGGGUGCGGACGGAGUGGUUCUCUCUGUACGUUGCUAAACAUGUUAACAAAACAUGUGACGCUUUUACUGCCACCCCUUUCUCCCUGCAAGAAUGCACUGAGCUGCCUAAAUAAGUAACUUUUGAUCAUAUUAAACAUGUCGUGGGUGGGGAAACACCGUAAGCAUUGCAAAAAUAAUAUUCAGCACCCCUGCCCUAAGAAGUUCUUUGUUUCCUACUUGUUGUGCAAGCAUUUGUUUUGGCUUCUCUUUGUUAGUCUUACCUUCAACCAUAUAACAGAGGUACAUUUUCAUUUUAGAAAGAAACAGAGACCAGGGAAAGGUGGUUAGGGAUAUGCUUACAACCGUGGGCUUCAGUCGCCCAGCUGGUAAAAAUAACUCAAAGUUCGUGUCUAUUGUAAUAUAAAUUCACAACCAGUCAUUCUUUCUUAACUUAGAAAUUAAGGUAUCUAGAUCAAUUCUUGUUAGUUAUUCUUUGUUAUAGACACUCGCUCUCUUGAACGGCACCUCGGAUUGAUAGGAGUUUCCCUAGCAUAUACUUUUUGCUUCAUGAAUAUUCUUUCUUGUAUCUCCAUUGAGUUUUCGCUCGAUGAGCUCGAGAUGGCGGACGUCCCCUGUAUUUGUAGACCUCUUGUUGUUAAUAAUCAUUUAAUGACCUUCGUCGAUCAUCAGUCGGUGUUAACGCAGUGUCAAACAUUUAAUUGCAAAAUGGGUUUCCUUGCUAUCUUUUAUCAAGUUCUCAAAAGUAUUCAUUGCUAAAGCGAGCUUUAUGUUCCAUUUUCUAGUCGUUAGUUGUAGUAGUUUAUGAUCUUGUCGUAUAAACUCGUUAUUGUAUAUAGUGGCAUGUUGCCAUUGAAGAAUUAAAGGGCUAUUUUGUCAUCUUA